CCAAAGUAAAAAGACAGGUGAUUUGAUUUUCGACAUAUUUUCGACAUUAACUUAAUUUGGUGUGAUACCUACAAUAAAAUAAGCACAAUAUUAAAAUAAACAGUUAAAAAUGGUGACAUCAUUUUACAUUAUGAAGAUGAACGAGAAAACAACCAGCAUGGAAGAGUACUAUAAUGGUUUAUGUAGUAUGCCACUACCUGUUUUUAGUGAGCAUUUGAAGCGUAAAACUAAAUGUAGGGCUUGUCUGCAGGAAGGCGAUAUACCGAUUACCAAUGUCGCGAACUACGAUGAAAUGACAGAAGCCCUACAUAUUUUUGGUAACAUCCAAAUUGAUGAUGAUGACGAUAACCCAACAUAUUUGUGUAAUGUUUGCUACAAGUUUCUAAAGAGUGCUAUUUUAUUCAGGAAAAUUGCGUAUCGAACGAAUGUAACAUUAAGGCAACCCUUACUGAAACAGUCGCCAGGUCAUCACAACGACUAUGACUAUAACAUAACAUUUGAAGAUAAAUCAAAUCAGGUUUAUCUGACUCAAGUUUUCGAAUGUAAAAAAGAGCCAGAAGAAGGUGGUGGCAAAGUUGAAUGUCCCAUAUGUAAGCAAGUUCUCAGUAAAUCAUACUAUAAGAAACAUUUAGAACACCACAAUCCAGAUGCAGCAGAACCAUAUGUGUGUGAUGUUUGUGGAAAAUCAUUCAAGGUCAAGUCUUUUUACUUAAGACACAGGGAACGACAUGAGACUAGAUACCUUUUUAAAUGCUCAUUAUGUCCCUACGUAGGCCGCUACAAAGAGAGACUAUCUAUGCAUAUGCGUGUACAUACUAGAGAUCUGAAAUAUCUAUGCACUCAGUGCCCUGCUAGGUACAUCAACAGAAGCAGCUUGAAUGAUCACAUCAAGUUUAGGCAUACAGAGCCACAACGUAAAUGUGAUUUGUGCGACAAAGCUUUUUAUGAUAAUUUAAAUCUUCAAAGGCAUGUCGAUGUUGCACAUUUGGGCAUUAAGAACCACGAGUGCAAUCUGUGCGGCAAAAAAUUUGGCUACAGGAAUAAAUUGUUGCAGCAUCAAAGAAAUAUUCAUGAAUCAUAUGUUAGGCCUAAUGUCAGAAAAAUUAAGAAACCUUUAAAUAGCGACAAUACUGAAUGAUGAUAUCAUUAAUAUUAUGAUAAUUACACUAAAGUGCUGUUACUGGAAAAGCAGUGACGCCAAGCAAUUUUGCUAUACAGUACAA